AUGCCUAGGGAAGAUAGUAGGACUCGCACAUCUAAAGCUUCUGGAUCUAACCGAUUAUCCUCGAGUACUCGGGAUGACGAGUCUGAUUCGUCAACCCACGACAUCCCUUCUGACUAUGAGCUAUUUGACCGGGCUACUACUCCCAGGGACUACAUAGAAGACGACGAAAGUACAUUCUGGGAAAUAAAAGGCAUUGUCUCAGAGGAAGUGGACCUUUCAAAACGAACCAUCUAUCAAGUUGACUGGAGCCCCUGGAAGGACUAUGAUGGUACAUCAACUACUUGGGAAACUUACCUUGAAGGCCCAAAUACCAUCAUUGUUAAGACGAGACUACACGAGAGUAUGUCUCAGAUGAUAUAA